AUGGCUUCCAAUACAAUUCCUAGUCCUGCUUCGGAGACUGCUGCUCCUGGCAAGUCCGACUCUUCUCAAAAAAACAAUGCUGCCUCCCCAGCUCGUCGUUCGCGGCCUCCAAGGCCCAACUACCGACACAUCCAUCGCUUCCCCUUCCCGGUUGAGGUGCAUCCUCCUCCUCUCAUCCCCCAUAACCCUCUCUCGCUCGUCAGUGUACUGCUUUCCUACCUGACAUACUUUAUUUCUCCCCCUCACCAGGAAGUCUACUCUGCCUACUUUGACUCUGCCACAUCCUCGGUCCAUGUCACAGACCCUAAGGCUAUAAAGGCGCUAUGGGAGAUGGGUUUCUUUGGUAAGGGAACCCUGAGUCGAAGUGAGCCGAGCUGGCUUGAGCGUGAGAAGAAGAGACGAGGUCUACUUGGGGGGAUGACUAGCGAAGAGGUUACACGACAGCGGCGGACAGAACGCCGCGAGUUGAAACUGGAGCGCGCGAGGAUGGAAAAGCUUGCCAUUGAGGAGAGACUCAAGGCCGAAGCGGCUGCCAGGGACGGCACCGCGACGUCAAACGAGCAGUCAUCCCUCUCACCCACUCCGAACAGUGGCUCUGAAGGCGCAGUAUCAACUACGGAGAAGUUCUCCCUAAGGAAAGCACGGGAAGCCAGGGAAGCCAAGCUCCUUGAGUCACAACGUUCAGUAUCACAAGACGGCAUUGCACGCACCCCUAACUCCGCCGGAAAGCGGUCACCUAGUGGCAGCAAAACUGAUCCGGAAUUGAAUAAUGAAGAGCACCUUCAAUUAUCUAACGAAGAGGCCUUCUUUCUUGCAUAUGGGCUGGGUGUCUUGCGUGUUCGCGAUGAUACUCGCAAAUCCGAAAUUCCUACAUCUUCUCUGCUGCCAUUGUUAUGUCGACACUCCUACUUCCCUCCUAGAGCCCCGUCAGUGGAUCUCACGCCGGACGACCCAUUCAUGCUAUCAUAUGUUGUGUACCACCAUUUCCGUUCUUUGGGUUGGGUUGUGCGCUCCGGAGUGAAGUUCGGUGUGGACUACAUUCUCUACAACCGUGGUCCGGUUUUUUCACAUGCUGAGUUUGCUGUCGUGGUCGUCCCAUCCUAUGGCCAUGGCUACUGGUCUGAAACGGCCGAGCGCAAGGCCCAGUGUGAGGAGAAGACAGCGCGCAGUUGGUGGUGGCUGCAUUGUGUCAAUCGAGUCCAGGCCCAGGUGAAGAAGAGCUUGGUGGUAUGCUAUGUGGAAGUGCCUCCGCCAACGUCUUACGAGCUUGAUACUCCCUCGGAAGAGGAUAUUGGUUCGAUGUUGUCUCGUUAUCAAACGCAGGAGGAUAGCAUCGACAUCGCGAAGCUGCAACGCGUCGCGUUGGGGCUUCUCCAAUUUAAUGGCCUGGGGACAGUUGCAAACCUCGACUGUCGCCCGGAAGCCCAUCAAAAGUCACCGUUUUCCUCACCCGCUCAAGAGAAAGCUCGAAAAUCCCCGACGCCGUUGUCGCCUUCACGGUCAUCCUCGCGAUCACAUAAUGCCACAACUUCGAUGAACACGAAUCCAGCAUCCAAACCCAACUCUACAACCCCUUCUACGACCCUAGUGCCUCCGUCUACGAAAAUGCCUUCGGUCGAUGCCGUUCCUUCGGACACGCAGGUCGUCUCUCAGUCAGUUUACGAUGAAAUCAUCAGGAAGAACCAGGAGGCUGCGGACAACGCUCAGGAGAGCAAUUUGGGUGAUCAGGCAACGCUUAUGACCCUUCAUGAAGGCGAUAGCGGACAUCUUGAUUUGCUAUCUGGCUACGAUCCUCUUCAUACUGAUGCUGUCAACGAGGACCUUGAGGAUCAGAGUAGCUCGAAGCUGGGCGAAUCUUCGCCCAUGCUGCAUCAGCCGAAUCUCUUUCCCGAGUCGCAGCGGUUUCUGACAAAGACUCCCAUGACUGCAGUGAAGCGUGCCCACUCCGAGGGCCUUGCCACUGUGUCUCCCACUGCUUCGCGGAAUCCCCUUGCGGCAGAUAUCGGGUCAAGUGGUGGGAUAUUGGCACUAAGUCAGGUAUUUAGGGCAACUCAGGCUCCAUCAUCACCUCUAGUGAACGGCCAACAAUCCGACCCUAUGUCAGAUAGACCUUCUCCGAAUAUUCCCAUUCAGAGCCACCCGGUUGUUACAACGCUCUCCUCGCCUUACAAUAAUCUCGCCGCAACUUUUCCACGGGACACGUCCGCCCACAGAUGGAACUACAUCAGCAUGCAGGAAUCUCAAGCCAACCGGGAUAAGGCUUUGCAUGAAAGAAUGACACGUUCUGCAAACCAUGUGUACUCGGACCAAAGCGACGGGGAAUUUGAUAAGGAGCCUAGUUUUGUUGAGCGAAUGAGGCGCCGGAAGAUGUUUGACCACGAGGCUGAUGCUCAGCUUGUGGAGCUCACAGCCCCUGCGAGGCCAUCCAGUCGGCGUGGUAAUCAAGCGGACAUGAUCCUAAAUCCCGUUUCUGAAGUGCCUGAAGGCCCAGAUCUGACUGAUGGGUCUUCUGGAGAAGUCGAGGAGGUGAGAGAGCAGGGGUCUACCGGGCUGCAGCAUGGGGCGCUCAGCGAAGAAGAAACGGAACAAGAGCAAGAGGAUGACUUGGAACAGCCCACGCCACGGCCUUACGAUCUCGAUGGUUCAGCCGAGGAGGAUAAAGAAAAUUGCCACGACCUUUCCACAACCAGUGCUGCUGCUGCGAGCGCGCAUGACCGCCUAUCGCAAGCUCUUGCCUUGCAUGAAAGUCCGUGUCCAACCAAUGGGGAACCGGUAAACGCGCGAGAAAGAUCGCUUUCACGUUCUGGCAGCUUUGUACAGGAUGAGCAGUUGCAUGAAGGCUACUCCUCACAGGUCUCGGUCAUUAAGGACUCUCAGCGCUCCGCUGGUCGGAGGGAUACUGGCAAUGAUGACACAGAGGAGCAAUGGACUGCGCAGCGCAUACAUCAGUCAGGCUCUCAGGCUCAUAUGGGCUCUUUGUCUGAUGUAGACAGAGCAACUCCAUCGCCCACAAAGCAAGUUCGUAUACGUUCUUCUCCCCCUUCAGCGUCCCAGACCAGCCGACGAUCGCUCGAGUUAGGCUGCGCUCACUCGGUGAGCAGGCCUGGAUCAGAGCUAGGGAGUUCAUCCCGCUCCCAGACUCCACGGCCCUCGUUGGCUCAAGAGCAUAACAUGGAGUCAAGCAAGUCAGCUGUGCAUGGGGGCGCGGAUACAGGCAACGAACCAUCUACGUUGGAUCGACCCGACAAGUCCUCAUCUAUGCCCUCGCGCGUCGCCGAGACUCCUGUUGCUCCUAGGGCUUUUGCAGAAAUCAUACCAAUGACAAGCAUUCCCGAAACCAGUCCCAGCCGCCUUGGUCACCAGAGGUGGCCAAACGAUCAUAAUACAACCGAUGUAGCCGAUCAAGAAGAUGACGACUUGCCGCCGGUGUACAUGGAUGCGCAUGAACGGGGGUCUCGUUCUCAACCGAUGGCUGCAGAUAGCUCGUCGCCUUUGAAACCUUCCUUGUUCCAUAACUCAAAAAUUCUGUCCAGCCCAAGCGGCAGACAGCGCAGGGCACUGACGGAAAUUGCAGCCGAUGCCUCACCACAGAUUGGGGCUGGCUCCUUCAACCUUGACAUUAAUAUCCUGUCCGUUGAAGACCGGGAGUUCCGGUCUGCGGUUGCAAUGUCUCCUAUUCAGCCAAGGAAGAAGCGCCGCGGUAACGGCGGGCAGAGUGUUUACGCUUCCGACCCAGUGUUCCCUGUUACACCUCGCGCGCCUACUCAUGUCGUGCCUUCUCCAGAGAAGGAAAUGCCACCUGUCAUUGAGAUGGAGCCAGAGAAGCAGGCUGAGCCGGCCACCAAGCCAAUGCCAACCUAUCGGAGACGGUCAAGACCCUCUAGAAGAGCGGAGAGCAUAUGGGAUAUGGAUGAUUCUACUCAGCAUCACGUCUCUCGUAAAGAGAGGUCUCGGCUUCUAGGUCGCUCACUUCCGGUAAAGCAGGUGCCUGCUGAGGUUGAAGAGCAUGCUCCGGUUCAAGAAGAACUGCCUGCCAUUCACGAGGAUCAGGCGGCCAGUUCAAUGCCGGAACCAUCCAGUGAACCAGUCGCACGCCAACAAACAGAAACAGCACCUGAAAAGGAUCCAGUUGUGGAAACACCGCCUCGAGUUCAAGAACCAGCUCAGCCUUCAGUUAGCCAUGAGAACGUACCUAUCGCCGUCAACCAAGUCCUUGCCCCAUGGAGCGGACCAAAGCGCGCGUAUUAUCCUGCAACGUGCUUUGGCAAGCCCUUUGGCACAUCGCAGUCGCGGUAUCUGGUCAAAUUCGAAGAUAGCGCACCGCUUGAGAUUCCCACUGGCGCGGUGAAACGACUUGAGCUGCGUAUUGGUGAUGGUGUCAAGGUGGACAUGCGCAAUGUUCCCAAGGUGACACAUAUCAUCUCUGGGUUCGCCGACAAGCUCACUUUGAGUGAUAUCGAACAGGGAGCUGCGAACGGACUGAUUCCUAUGACUGACGUAUAUGGAUAUUCCUCCGUUAUCUUGACACCGAAGCAGCGCAAAAGUCUCCCCGGCUCAGGACUAGCAGUUACAGAGAACAGGAUUACUGUUCCUAUUUCCCGAAUCUACCUAGAUACUAUCCUUUGGAAUCAGCUGAAAGACCGGGCAUUCAGCUACGACUCCGGGCCUGCUGUUUCCGAAAGUGGACCUCAAACGCCAGGUGAUAGACACUCCACGCCCAUGUCCCCUGGCGCUCGACUCUCGCGCAGCUUCCGCUUUUCCACUGGUCUAUUUGCCGGUAUGGUAUUUGCGGUGUCAUACGGAGACAACAACGAGGCCAAAUCACGAAUUACCAGGAUGAUUCUGGAGAACGACGGCCGGAUUCUAGAGGACGGGUUUAAUGAGUUGUUCGAACUCCCUCCCAGUGCGCCAGUUGCUACACCUACCAAGUCUUCUGCUCCACUCCCUAGUACCCAAGACGGCCAUCUGCGGCUGACUAGUGGUGCCGCAGACGUGGGAUUUGCCUGUCUGAUAGCCGACAAACAUUCUCGUCGGUCAAAGUACAUGCAAGCCCUUGCACUCAAUCUUCCUUGCCUCUCUGACCGCUGGAUCGAGGACUGCGUUGCCCGAAGACAAAUCCUCGAUUGGGAAAUAUACCUCCUCCCAGCCGGGGAAUCCACCUAUCUCAACGGUGCAACCAAGUCCAGAUUCCUAGCCCCGUACCCUGCCACAGAGGCUCGACUGUCUGAGACCAUCGCUGGCCGGCCCAAUCUUCUCAACGGACAAUCCGUGCUUCUUGUUACGGGACGCAGUGGUCGAGCAGACGAGGAGAAACGUAAGGCGUAUCUCUUCUUGACGUAUGCGUUGGGUGCUUCCCGCAUCGAGCGCGUGCCUGAUCUCAAGUCUGCUCGCGCGAUCCUGAGUGCAACGCAAACGGAUGGAGGAGCCGACGGCACUAGCUGGAACUGGAUCUAUGUCGAUGACGAUGAUCGAGCUUCCUCCGCCAAGACCAUGGCACUGGGAAGUUCACUGUCGACCGCCGGUUCGAGGAAGCGUAAGCGGUCGAAGCUGAUGGAAUCUUUUGACGGCAAUGAGCUGGGAGUGAACAGUAAUGUCAAGAUUGUCGGCAAUGAGUUUGUCUGUCAGAGCUUGAUUUUGGGGAGGUUGUUUGACCAGUAA